AGCUGCGAUGUCCUUAUAGUCACACCACCAGCACUCAUGAACACCCUGAGUCGUAUAGACUCCUACUUCUCCGCCAUCGCUUCCCCACCCACAUCCCACCCACCACGCACCCCGCCACGCCGCCCCCGCCAGACAAUCUCCUCCAUCAGCGUCCCACCGCCCACAGCACCCCUCAUCCUCCGCAUAGCCCUCGUGCUAUGGAGCAUCCUCCUCACUGUAUGGAGGAGCUUUGUCGGGGAGACUCGCGCAACCCGCCGCAGGGGACGCCGCUCCCGCCGCAAGCGUCUCACAGGGCUCAGAGAGCUCGGCGAGCGGGUCAUGAUCACGGCCGGGAUAGCGUCGCUCGAUACUCCGCAUGAGCACACAGAGGGAGACGAAGGCAGCGAGGAUGACAAGGAAGACGGGUGGGUUGACCCUGUGACCAGGGGACCGGAGGGUUCGGCAAGCUUGGAGGAAGCACCGCCCGGGGAAGAUGAAUUCGUGUCGGCCACCACAGCCGCGACUGGUACCGGUGCAGCAGAGGUAGAGGAAGAACCUGAACCUGAUGAGACGACAGUGGCAGCGAAAGACGACAGGCUUGGAGGUCCUGAUCCCAACUUUACCUUUCGCCUGCGCUCGGCGCCCAAGAAGGAGCUGGACGGUACAGAGACCGCUGUCCCGUCACCCGGCCACAAGCCGAUUCCUUCAUUCCAGCGACCGCCGUCUCCCACCUCUAUACUCAACAACCCUAUUACCCCGCCGCCGCCGCCGCCAAAAACUGCAGAACCAUCACCCAAACGUCCCUCUGGCACCCGCCUUCUCGCGAACCCCAUAUCAACAUCUCUCCUUGACCCGUCUGUCCCCGCGCCAGCGUCCAACGCCGACUCAUCCUUGUUCCGAAAACCAUCGCCUAGGCCACUACGCCAGCCCACAACUCCAUUCCAUCUUCAAAAGACAUUGAUCCUUGAUCUAGACGAGACGCUUAUACACUCUACGAGCCGACCGAUCCAUUACCCUGGUGGCAGCUCUGGCGGUGGUGGGCUGUUGGGCCUUAGUGUCGGCGGAGUAUUCGGCAGUGGGAGGGCCAACGAGGGCCACACCGUCGAGGUGGUGGUGAAUGGGAGGAGCACAAUGUACCAUGUAUAUAAACGUCCUUACGUAGAUCAUUUCCUUAAAAAGGUCGCCUCUUGGUACACACUUGUGAUCUUUACCGCAUCCAUGCCUGAAUAUGCGGACCCCGUAAUCGAUUGGCUUGAUGGCGGCCGCAAUUUGUUUGCCAGGAAACUAUACAGAGAAAACUGCCAUGUGCAGCCCAAUGGAAGCUACAUCAAAGACCUGACUCUGGUCGAAAAGGAUCUGAGCAGGGUGUGCUUCAUGGACAACUCGCCCGUCAGCUACAGCUGGAACAAAGCAAAUGCGCUGCCAAUAGAAGGGUGGACGUCUGAUCCGAACGACGAGGCGCUGCUGCAUUCGAUUCCGGUACUGGACAGUCUCAGGUUUGUGAAUGACGUGCGGCGGGUGUUGGGCAUUCGAGGGUUCAGCUAGAAGCUAGAGAGGCAGGAUAUGCAUAUGUUUCCCAACGGCCGUGGUAUUAUGCAUGGACGGCGUCUUCCGCCCAGAACGCGCAGGUGGAGGCAGAAGUGGCGGGG